AUGGAGCAGUUGCGGCAAGCAACCUCCCAAUUCUCACUCCACGUCCUCAAACUGACACCCACGACAGGCACCGGCACGACCCUCGAAUCAGUCCGCCACGCCCUCCUCACCCUCCGCCACCUCCUCUCCCCCACCUACGCCGUCAUCCCGCUCCCGGAGCCCGCGCUGCUCAAGGAGCCCUGGCAGGCGACCUGCGCGCUGCUCGUGAUCCCGGGCGGCGGCGACCUGGGCUACUGCCGCGUGCUUAACGGCGCCGGCAACCGGCGCAUCGCCGAGUUCGUCCGCAAGGGCGGGGCGUACCUCGGCUUCUGCGCGGGCGGGUACUACGCCUCGCGCAAGUGCGAGUUCGAGGUCGGCGACAAGACGCUCGAGGUCAUUGGCACGCGCGAGCUGGGCUUCUUCCCCGGGACGUGCCGCGGCGGUGCGUUCAAGGGGUUUGCAUUCGCUGCCGCAAACCUGCACCCCCAGCCCAAGAUCCCCUCCUACGAAACCCUCAUCGCGACGCUCGCAGCAGCCGACGCAGCCCGCAUCUCCUUCCUCCGCACCUGUCUCACCAAGCUCGGCCUCGACCUCAGCGCCGACCCUUCCGCUCCCCCGGUGCUCUCCCGCCUGCACCUGACCUCGACAAACCACACCGAGGUCGCCGAGACCCUGGCCUCCUGGGAGGAGGCGAUCACGCGCACCGGGGACGGGGAGGAGUACAUCCACGGCGAGCACGACGUCUUCCGCAUCGAGAAGCAGGCCACACGAUUCAGCGUUGAGGAUCUGCGGGACGCGCUGCCGUCGGGGGCCAUGGACUACGACAAGGUGGUCAAGGUCAUCGUCCCGCACGAAGAGGCGUGGCCGGACGUCAAGGAGACGCCGAGCUUCAACCACCGGCUCUAUUACAACAGCUUGAAGGGGUACCGCGAGAAGGAGAAGGAGGCGGAGGAGUGGGGCGAUACGUUGUUGUAUGGUGAGGUUGUGACGAGCACGAAUACGCUCAUGGAUAAAAACAACAAGCUCCUGUCUUGUCUCCCGACCGGCUUCACGCUGACGGCAGCAGUCUCCGUGGCGGCCCGCGGCCGUGGCACAAACGUCUGGAUCGCGCCGCCUGGAAGCUUGCUCUUCUCAACGGUCAUCAACCAUCCCGCACACCUGGCCGCCUCUCACCCGAUUGUGUUCCUGCAGUACAUCUCAGCGAUCGCCAUCGCCGAGGCCGUGCAAACCUACGAUGUGGGAUGCGGCGAUAUCCCAAUCAAGCUCAAGUGGCCCAACGACAUCUACUGCCGCGACCCCGCCUCCUCCCCCUCGGACCCCUCCUACGUCAAGAUUGGCGGCAUCCUCUCCACCUGCAGCUACUUCCAGGGCUCGUACCAGUGCGUCGUCGGCAUCGGCAUCAACACGACCAACACGCGCCCGACGACGUCGCUCAACGCCAUUGCGCCGGCCUCGCUGCCCGGCGGCUUCCACAUCGAGACGCUUCUCGCGCGCAUCCUGCCGCGCUUCGAGGCCAUCUACGCGCAAUUCCGCCGCGAGGGCUUCUCGCGCGACCUCGAGGAGCGGUACUACAGGCACUGGCUGCACUCCGGGCAGACGGUGACGUUGGAGCAGGAGGCCGGCGCGCGGGCGCGGAUCGUGGGCAUCACGCGCGACUGGGGCCUGUUGAAGGCGGUCGAGGUUGAUAGGGAUGGGCGCGAGACGGGCCGGAUGUGGGCGCUGCAGAGCGAUGAGAAUAGUUUUGAUUUUUGGAAGGGGCUGGUGAAGAGGAAGUUGUAG